UUUCUCUGAAUUCAAUUCAAUUUCUAUUCCAUGGAUUUCUUCACCCAAUUUUCUGAUCCAAUUCCUUAUUAUGGUAAUUAUAAUUGCAAGUCGGAAUCUUCGUCCACUCUGUCGGACGCCGGAACGCCGCCCCACGUGGUCGCUAACUCCGACGAGGAAGUGAUACUGGCGUCGAACCGGCCAAAGCGGCGGGCUGGUCGGCGGGUUUUUAAGGAGACGAGGCAUCCAGUGUACAGAGGAGUGCGGCGAAGGAAUAAAGGCAAAUGGGUGUGUGAGCUAAGGGAGCCGAAUAAAAAGACGAGGAUUUGGCUCGGGACUUACCCAACUGCUGAGAUGGCGGCACGUGCACACGACGUUGCGGCACUCGCGUUGAGAGGAAAAUCGGCUUGUCUCAAUUUUGCUGACUCAGCUUGGCGGUUUCCGAUUCCAUCGAGUAAUGAUCCGUCGGUGAUCAGAGAAGCGGCGGCGAAGGCGGCGAAAGAAUGUGAGUAUGAAGAGUGCAAUGUGAGUCGGGAAGAGGACGACGUGAUUUUGAGUCAGCCAAAGGCGGAGCCUGAUCAACGGGAUGACGUCGACGAUGAGGCUUUGUCGAAUAUGCCCAUGUUGCUUGCCAGCAUGGCGGAAGGACCUCUGCUUUCUCCUCCUCGUUUUUGCGUACGCGAUGACGUGGGGUGGGACAACGUGGAUACAAAUGAUGAUGUGUCAUUGUGGAGCUUUUAGAAGUAGAUAGAGUGAGAAUCCCCCAACCAACCAGGAAACUGAAUGUACAGACUUUUAUUCGAGGAAGUCAAGGUUACAUAUAAAGUAAUGUGCAAUUGGUUAUAUAAUAAAUACCAAAAGUUUUAUAUUUA